AUGCUCGUACUUUUUCCUCAAAAAACGGACGCAGUUUUUGAUGAGAGUGAUGCGAAAUUUAAGUGCCCUGGUAGCUGUGGAUCUGAAAAUCUCACCCACCGAGAAUACAUCCUUGGAGCCUGCUGUAAAAACGCUUCGAAAUCGACUGAUAAAAACUCUAUACCCAAGAUGCUCUACGCGGUCAGUAAAAUCUGCGAAGAAGUCGGAGAGGAAGAAAAAGUUGCUGUUCAGAACAAGAAGGAGGCCGAUAAAAAGACGGAGGAAUUGCAAAAGGAACUCGAGAAAGUGAAACUAGACCUCGAGAAAGCGAAAGAGGUUAGCAAAGAUGCCCACGAAAAAGCCACGAUCAAGACGGACACGCGAAGAAAAGCUCACAAGCGGUUCUUCUUCCUCAUUCAGGAUGGGAUGAAGGAGUAUGAAUGUGAUUUCGAAAUUGCUGAAAAGAAGAAAAAGACCAAGGAUGCCUCCAAGCCGGAGGAAAAAGAAAAAGAGGACGACGAGAAGGCGAGUUGCAAAAUCUGCUUCGGAAAAUUCGGUGAGAUGCACCCAGAAGCCGCUAUUUAUCCAUGCGGACACAAGGCAUGCUUCGGCUGCCUCUCUUCUCUUCCUCAGAAGCAAUGCCCAACAUGCCGCGCUCCAUUCACCCAACGAAAGAUCCUCAAGCUUUACAACGACUGA